GUGCUUAUCAAGAAUGAUGGAGAGGAAUUGCGAAACAGGUCAUCCAUUUUUCAAGGUUCUUCUCGUUCUUUUGAUGCUUACAACGGUCCACAAUGCAGCAAGUCAGACAACGGAUACAACGACGGAUCAGAUGUACACUAGCGAUGGGUUUUUUGCAUUCUGCAUUCCAUCUGUAAACUGUGGGAGACAGUACAUAUUCGCCCCGACGUCGAAUUACCGCGAAUACCCUUAUCAUGUUGUGAUUGGUAUGAUUUUCCAAACAUUGGGUCAAGAAGAAACCGACAUUCGAGUGUCGUUCCCAGGAAGAUCAUAUGAAGACCAUGUCAUCCUGCCAGCUGGGUCUCCUCCAUACAACUAUACAUUACCGGCGUCUCUGAUAAGUCAGGAGGCAGAAGCGGGAAUUAUCAAUUCGACGGUGUUUGUAACAUCAGAGCAAGACGUAGCAAUUGUUUCAUAUAACAUCGCAUUCAAAACAUCGGACACAUUUUCCCUGAUACCCGCGAAGUUCCUUGGUAAGGAAUACUUUAUCACCCUGAUAUCUGGUUUGUUUGAUGACACUAUAAUGAUAUCUGCUUUCAAAAAGAUAGUGAUGGUUGAAAUCUUUCUAACUUCGUCCAUUCAGCUCCAGAACGAUACCUAUAACGAUGGCGACACUGUGAGACUCGUUCUUCUACCUUUUGAUUCUUUCCAAUUGAUCUCAAAUUCUACAAACAUAACAGGAUCUCGGAUCACCGCAAACUCUUCGAUUGCAGUAACAGUGAGUACCGAAUGUGCUAAUGUGCCUGAAGACAUCAUGUUUUGUGACCAUCUUGCUGAACAGUUAGCUCCAGUGAAAGCUUGGGGAAUGCUCCAUGUGUUGAGCCCGUUCCCAAGACGACUUUCCGGCUACGUAUUCCAGAUAGUAGCUAGUCGGAAUGGUACAACGGCGAUGUACGAUAACAAUACUGUGAAUAUGAACAUGGGCGAUUAUAUCACAGUUGAUAACCCCUCUCAAAACAUGACUUUCGUGUAUGCAGACAAACCCAUCUCAGUGAUGCAGUACAGCAAAGGGAGGAGUUUAGACAAUAAUUCAUACAGUGAUCCGUCAAUGAUUCGAGUUAACCCAAUCAAGCAGUAUGUCACAAGAACAACGAUUCCAGUCUUCGAGUUCAACAAGACGUCAUCAAAUGAUACCACAUAUAUUGGAAUGACUGCAGAGUGCAAGCAAUUCAGGGGCAUUUCAAUUUACCAAAACGAACAACUUCUAUCGGUACCAUGGGAUGAGGAAUAUUCUCUACAAAUCCUUGAUGGGAUCGAAAUGUGCUCAAAAUGGAUGGUUGCUACCCACGGAAGAUAUUCAGUAGAGAGCGACGGGCAGGGAACCUACCCAGGGUUUCAUGCUGUGGUGUACGGUACGUCAUUUGGCAGAACGUACUUGUACCGGGCUGGCUCAAGUGACAAAGACUUGACGACAUCGGAAGAAAACUGUGUCAUAGAUGCAAUUCCUUUCUCAAACCAAACAAGGGUUGAUUUAGUGGACCAUGGUGCAAGUAUCGUUGUAGCUUGUAAUACGGGCUACUCCACCGGUAUGGGCAAUCUAACAGAGUUCAUGUGUGAUGAUGGGACACUUACUGAUCCUCCUGUCUGUUUUGAAAACUGUGUCAUAGAUGCAAUUCCUUUCUCAAAUCAAACAAGGGUUGAUUUAGUGGACCAUGGUGCAAGUAUCGUUGUAGCUUGUCAUCCGGGCUACUCCACCGGUAUGGGCAAUCUAACAGAGCUCAUGUGUGAUAAUGGAACACUCACUGAACCUCCUGUCUGUUAUGAGAUUUUUCCUUGUUCACUAUCAAACAUGGACGUACCGAUGGCGGUGGUUUGUGAUGGAUAUUACGAUUGUGAUCAUUACGAGGAUGAAUCUAAUUGCAAUAACUCAGUUACAUACCUCGAGGAAGGCCAAUCACUUACUAUAAGCACGCUAUCUAACACAGGAGGAUUCUACAAUACAACCCUGUUGAAAGCAAAUACUACAAAUGGGUUUCGAAUUGUGUUCCAUCGUUUGCAUCUUAAUUAUGAUGAUGAAAUCCGAAUAGGGACAGGGAACGAUCCAUCUGAUCCCGAGUCUAUUGUUACUACUGUCCAUGGAUAUGCAUACUACGCGGAAGAUGUAUACAUAGAUACCCACAAAAUGUGGGUUGUUGUUAUAGGAUCGAAACAGAACAGUCAUAUUAAUCUGAAAAUAAGCGUUACUGCUAUUGAUUCUCUUAAUUUCUUUCCUUGUACAUCGUCUUCCAUGAACUUGUCAGUGACGUUGACUUGUGAUAGAUAUUACGACUGCGAUAAUUAUGAAGACGAAUCAUCAUGCAGUAAGAAAUACAAUAAUGUAUCUUUAAAUUAUGAUUUAUCUGCACUCUAA